GACUGAUGUAAACUCAUCAUCAUCACCAUCAACCGUUAGCUGGUCUUAAUACUCGAAGCUGUGGGGCCUGGUAUCCAGAGAAGCCUUCGUGCCGUAUGACGAUGCUGAACAAAAUGCUUUCUGAGAAUUUCCUCGAGUGCAUCUCGAAGGAGAAGAGCUCAGAUGUCGAGCAGACAAGGCUGUUGAUCGAGUCGUUGCCGGAGAAGAAGCUGGCCCUGAAGGGCCUUGCAGUCAUAAACCUAACGGUGGACUCCAUCAGGACUGGGCUUGGUGGGCGUACGAUUCUCGAGCUGAAGAACGAUAUGAGUACACACGACGAUGGGACCAUCGCCAACGGUGAUAUUAGAACAGGCGACAUUGUGAAGGUUGACGUUAUGGGUAAGGCGAAGAAGACCAAGGACGAAUCGGCCAAGAGCGAUGUCUCUGUGGAUGGCGUCGUCACCAGGGUAUCUCAACAGAGUAUAGUCAUCACGGUGAAUGAGGAGUACGAUGACAAGGUCGUCAACAUAGUGAAUGAUCGGAUAUGGAUCGUCAAGAUCGCCAACUCUAUCACUUACAAGAGAAUGGAAUCUACAAUGAGGAAACUGGCAGAGUUGGAGUCUCUGCCACCUCUGUUCCAGCUAUUGUUAUGCGAAUCAUCAUACACAAGGCCUUCAGAUACAGUGUUGACUCAGUCAUUGGAACGCUUAGCGUUCCACGAUCCAAACCUGAACGAAUCGCAAAGAUUCGCAAUCAAUUUUGCCUUAAACUCACCAAUAUCCAUCAUCCACGGGCCUCCAGGCACAGGCAAGACAUACACCUUGAUAGAAACCAUCAGACAACUCGUGGACCGUGGUGAGCGGGUGCUGGUGUGUGGCUCUUCAAACAUCUCCGUGGAUACCAUCCUGGAAAGGCUGAACGGAAAGUUACCUGGUGAUCAACUCUUGAGAAUUGGUCAUCCUGCUCGGCUACUGAGUGCCAACCUACAACACUGCUUGGAUAUCGUAGCAGCAACGAAUGACGGUGGACAGCUGGUGAACGAUAUCAAGAAGGAGAUCGAUGAUACUACAAAGAAGAUCAAAAAGACCAAAUCUUAUAGAGAGAAGAAAUCUAUAUGGAAUGAGGUGAAAAUGUUAAAGAAAGAACUACGUGAGCGUGAAAGGAAGGUCACAGAUGAACUUAUACUACAGGCAAAAGUUGUGCUGUGUACCCUCCACGGUUCCUCUUCCAGGGAGCUGCUAAACGUGUACUCUACGCACGUGGGGAAGAAGGUCUUUGAUACGAUCAUCAUAGAUGAGGUGUCGCAGGCGUUAGAGCCUCAAUGUUGGAUCCCUCUGGUUUCGCAUCUGAAGUCAAACGUGCACAGGCUUAUCCUCGCUGGUGACAAUCAACAGCUGCCACCAACUAUAAAGAUCGACACUGAUGAUAACGUGAAAAGGGUGUUGGAAACCACAAUCUUUGAUAGGUUAGUUACGCACUAUGGCGAUGCGUUUAAAAACCUCUUGGAGGUUCAGUACAGAAUGAACGAUAAGAUCAUGCAAUUCUCAUCGCAAACGUUUUACAAUUCACGUUUGAAAGCAGAUCACUCUGUACAUGAUAUCCUGUUGUAUGACCUUGACAAUGUGGAAAAGACCCAUGAAACUGAAUCACCUCUUAUCUGGUACGAUACUCAAGGAGGUGAGUUUCCGGAACGAGACUCAUCUGAACAAGGUGAAUUGUUGAACAGCUCCAAGUUCAACGAAAUGGAAGCCUAUGUGGUUCAAUUUCACAUCAACAGAUUGCUGGAAGCAGGUGUUAAACCAUCACACAUCGGAGUAAUUGCGCCUUACAACGCCCAGGUUUCUUUGCUGAAGGGGAUGAUCCAUAAAGAUAACCCUGAUAUUGAGAUAUCCACAGUGGAUGGAUUCCAAGGAAGAGAGAAAGAAGUGAUUGUGUUAACACUGGUUCGUUCAAAUGAUAAAGGUGAAGUUGGAUUCCUAGCGGACAAGAGACGACUGAACGUGGCAAUGACGAGACCAAAGAGACAACUCUGUGUGAUUGGUGACAUGGAAACGAUAUCAAGGGGAAGCAAGUUUCUACACGAUUGGACCAGUUGGAGUGAAGAUAAUUCAGAUGUAAUAUAUCCGGAUUUGGACGACAUUCUCUGAAAUGCAAAUUUAGCUAUCUAUCAGGACCAGAACCCACUCCAUCUCAUUGUAGAUUGUAUGGAUCAGAGUAGCUGUUGUUAGCUUCACCUUGGUUGGAAUUCGAGUACAACUGUUUGUCGUAUCCAGAUUUACCUGUACGGUUGGAGGUACCGUUUAAGCCAAGCAUACGGCCAAGGCUCACAUCUGCAUUACCCAAAUACCCGUUAAGCAUGUUUAGCAGUGAAUCCUCUUUCAGUGGGACAUUGCCACUGAUAAGUUGUGGAAUAUCACUCUUGUUGUAACCAGGUAUAUCAACUUUGUUGUUGGAGAGUAAAACGUCAAAGUCACUUUGGAUAUCCAUCAGUGUAUUUGAGUCCAAGUCACCGGAAUAGAACUGCGUGAAUGGAUCCAUCGGGAAAUCUCUGUUAUAACUCAUAUUGUUACCGUUGACUCCACGAUGCAGCUCGUUGCGGAAAUCUAUAAUAGAUGUUGGUU